GACGGCGAGACGAAAGUCUCGGUUCAUGUACAGGGCGCCGGGUUGUGUAAGCACGCCUUGUUUGGUCGCAUCACCUAUAUCCAAGGCAUUUUUCCAGUUGGGGCGGGUGCCCGUCAAGUGCCUCGAUCAUAUCCAAGCAAGGAUCGAGAGCUUCCCGAAUCAACGUGCCGCAGCAUGCGCUGACGCGAGUUGCGGAGAGGCGGGCGCUGGGAGAGGACGGUUACUGCGGCCGAGCCGUGCCCCGUGCGGAGGCCAUCUUUCAUGCCCCCCUCCCCCUCAUCCGAUAACAUGUCACAUAGGAGGCAGCGUUGCGUGUUUCCUUUCGUUGUCGGAAUCGGGAGUGAUGGUUCAUGGUUCAUGCAGUUUGUUUCCUGCCGCAGGAGGGGGGCGGCGAAGAAGAGUCAGCUCCAUACGCUAUGACAGCAUGGUCUCCAGCGUUUGCGAGCAUUGAGCACAU